AGCGGCUUCUGACGGAUGGGUUGCUCAGCCAAUCAUAACAGGUGGCGGUGGGGCGGAGUUCGACCAAUCAUCGGCGGCCUCGAGUUGACGGACGGGCGCGGGGCGGAGCGGGGCGGGGCGAGCGCGGGCCCGGCCAAGUCCCCGCCGUCCGCGCCCGGCGCCCGCAGCCCGAGCCGCACCCGCCGCGGACGGAGCCCAUGCGCGGGCCCAGUCGGCGCCCGUCCGCGCCCCCGCCCUGCCCCGGCCCCGGCCCCGGGGGCAGUCGCGCCAGCAAGCGGUGGGGCAGGAGCUCCUGGUUUGGCAGCCCCUGUAGAAGCGAUGACAGAAUACAAGCUUGUGGUGGUGGGCGCUGGAGGCGUGGGAAAGAGUGCCCUGACCAUCCAGCUGAUCCAGAACCAUUUUGUGGACGAGUAUGAUCCCACUAUAGAGGACUCCUACCGGAAACAGGUAGUCAUUGAUGGGGAGACGUGUUUACUGGACAUCUUAGACACAGCAGGUCAAGAAGAGUAUAGUGCCAUGCGGGACCAGUACAUGCGCACAGGGGAGGGCUUCCUCUGUGUAUUUGCCAUCAACAACACCAAGUCCUUUGAAGACAUCCAUCAGUACAGGGAGCAGAUCAAGCGGGUGAAAGAUUCAGAUGAUGUGCCAAUGGUGCUGGUGGGCAACAAGUGUGACCUGGCCGCUCGCACUGUUGAGUCUCGGCAGGCCCAGGACCUUGCUCGCAGCUAUGGCAUCCCCUACAUUGAAACAUCAGCCAAGACCCGGCAGGGUGUGGAGGAUGCCUUCUACACACUAGUACGUGAGAUUCGGCAGCAUAAACUGCGGAAACUGAACCCGCCUGAUGAGAGUGGCCCUGGCUGCAUGAGCUGCAAGUGUGUGCUGUCCUGACACCAGGUGGUAUCCUGAACUACCCCUGAACUGGGGUGGCCCAAGGUUCAGCAUCAGGUUCCGACUCAUCAAGGUAACCUUGCAGGAAUGGCAGAAACCUGGAAACCAAGACCCGUGUCCUCAGGGUCAAGGCAAUGUACUUCCCUCUCUGAAUGAACCAUGGACGUAAUACAUGCCCUGGCAGUGGCCAGUGCUCUGAGGGAGUCUCACUCACUCAGCACUUCACCCUUUGUGGUCUGGCUCUGACGCUAGUGAUCAGCUACUUUCUUGUGUAUCUGCACUUCUGACGAUUUUGCUAGAACAUAGAAAUGAUGGCAUUGGCUAAAUUGUUUCUCCUUGGGGUGGCCAUAGGACAUUGGAUUGCCCUCUGGCUUGGAAUGGUGAGGUAGCCAAGCUGGAAAAGAGCAGGAAAGGUGCAGAGCCUGGCCAGACCAUGCCAGUGACCUCAUUUCAUGGCAUGGGGUUGCCAGGGAUAGAGUCCUGCUCACUGACCAAUCGUUCCCCAUGCCCUUGAACCUGCAAUCAUCUUGCCUCAGCCUAAUGGGCACUAGGAUUGAGGUGUGUGCUGUCAUGCUCAGUUAACAUACAUAGUUUUGGAAAUACCCUGCCAAUCUUUUUUUUUUUUUUUAUUAAUACGCUGAGUCUUUUCAUUUAAUGUAAUUAUUGAGAUGUUUGCCUUUAGGUCUAUCAUUUUAAUGCCUUCUGUUUCUGCUGCCUGUUUUUAAUUUCUCUGUUUCCCCUUUGUUGUGAAAGAGUUGGUCCCAGGGUCUACGGACAGUUUCCAAAGUGCUGCAGAAACAAAGACAGAUCAAGGAUUGCACAGGGUACAAGCUAUAGGGUACUCACUGAUAGAAGGGUGGUGCUGGGCAGCAGCAAAGCCAUUGGCUCCCUGUGAUCAGGGUCAAAGGCCAAGUUUGCAUAUUGGUUAGAAAGAGGUGACUUCAUUUUGCUAGAAUAUGCCUGGUAUAUUAAGGCAAUAGCAAAUUCAGGUGUAUCACUGGAGCAGGGUGGAGCAUGCUGGGAUUAAAUGCUUUUAGUCCCAUCACUCCACUUGGGAGGCCCAGGCAGAAGAAUCUCUGAGUUCAAGGCCAGUCUGGUCUACACGGUGAGUUCCAGGGCAGCCAAGGCCUUAUAGAGAAAGAGAAACCCUGUCUCAAAAAAAAAAAACAAAACAAAAACAAAACAAAACAAAACAAAAAACCUGAAAACCUCUUUUUUUAUAUUCUCUCUCUCUCUCUCUCUCUCUCUCUCUCUCUCUCUCUCUCUCUCUCUCUGUGUGUGUGUGUGUGUGUGUGUGUGAGAGAGAGAGAGAGAGCUCAGGUUAUCAUGCUUGACAGCAAGCACUCUUACUGAUUGAGCCAGCUUGCUUGACCCUAACUUGUAUCUUUAAAAGAGAUUUAUUUUUAUUUUAUGUGUAUGGAUAAAAUACACAUUUUGCCUGCAUAUAAAUAUGUAUACUAUAUGUGUGCCGGUUGCCUGAGGAGGUCAGGAGAGGGCGUUAGAUCCCCUGGAACUGGAGUUACAGACAGUUGUGUGCUCGCUGCCAUGUGGGUGCAGGUCUUCUGAAGAGCAGCUCUACAGCCCAGCAAAACUGUAGUUUUGAUAGUUCUUCGUAUAAAUACUUUAGCAGUUGUCCUAGGAAUUGUAUUCUUCCAUCUCUACUUCCAGCCAGAUCUUCCAAAUUCAAGUCUAAGUGGGUUGAAAACCUGAGUAUAUAAAUCACAUUUUAAAAAUAGUUAGAAUAACGUAGCUUUUGGGGGCCAGAGAGCUAAAUUAUUGGUGAAUAUGGCACCUUGCCUACAAUUCUAGCCUCAGAAGGCAGAGACAGGGGAUUCACAAGCAAGAUGUGACUAGCUAUAUCCAAGAUCUCUGAGUUUGACUGAGAGAUCCCGCCUCCAGGGAAGGAAGUAGAAGAGUAAUGAUUCCUGACAACCACCUCAGGCUUCUAUCUGUACAUGCAACAUGUCCACACCCACACAUACACACACACACACACACACACACACACACACACACACUCUCAUAUACACACAUACAUGCAUGCACACACACAUGCAUACACAUACACAGGCACAUGCACACAUACACUUAUACACACAUACACACUCUCAUAUACACACAUACAUGCAUGCACACACACAUGCAUACACAUACACAGGCACAUGCACACAUACACUUAUACACCCACCCACCCCCACACACACACACACAAGCUCUCAUAUACACACAUACAUGCAUGCACACACACAUGCAUACAGAUACACAGGCACAUGCACACAUACACUUAUACACACACACACACACUCUCAUAUACACACAUACAUGCAUGCACACACACAUGCAUACAGAUACACAGGCACAUGCACACAUACACUUAUACACACACACACACACACACACAUGGGCUCUAACACAUGCAACAUAUGCAUAUCCUUGCACGUCUCACCCAUUCCUACAUGCUACAUGAAAAUGAGGGAAAGUCCCUUUGGUAGGGAUUUCCUGAUCAAUUAAAAUUAGCAAAAGUGCUGAGGCUAUAGCUCAGCUGUUAGCGCUUGCUUAGCAUGUAUGAGGCCCUAGGUUCCAUCCCUACCACCACACAAAGUAACACUAGCAUACACACUUCUAAUAACAGUACUUGGGAGGUAUAUGCAGAAGGACCAAGAGUUCAAGGCCUUGCUCAUCUUGGCAGCACAUACACUAAAUUUGGAAGAACAAAGAGAAGAUUAGCAUGGUCCUUGCACAAGGAUUUGUGAAGCAUUCAUAAUUUUCUUUUAGAAGGGUUCAAGGGCAUCCAUAGUAACUUUGAGGUGAGCCUAGGCCACGUGAGACCCUAUCUAAAACAGAACAUGAAUAGGUGCUUACAGAGACAGGCAUGUGAACAGGGAUGCAUGUGUGGAGGCAGAUGAUAUAGACUCAACCUCACUCACUAUACAUGCUGAAAUGCCAGCUAGAGCUGCAGUCAGACAUGGCUAAAUAUAAUAUAAUAAUAGUAAUAAUAAUAAUAAUAAUAUUUAAUAUUUAAUAAUAAUAAUAAUAAUUAUUAUUAUUAUUAUUAUUAUUUGGGGGUGGCAUGUGGAGGCCAGAGGAUGGCUGAGGGCCAUUAGUUUCCUUCUUUCACUAUGUGUGUCCAGAGAAUCAAAUUCAGAUCGUCUGUUUUGGCUGCGAAUGGUGUUAUCCACCGAGCCAAAAGGAGGUUAUCUUGCUACCUCCUUUUCUUUCUUUUUUGAGACUUAUAUCUCUGAUUAGCCUGGAAUUCACUACAUAGCCCAGGCUGGUCUCGCACUCCCAAAUGCUGGGAACAGGUGUGCUGUCAUGCUUAGCUCUUUCAAGAUUUAGACUGUCAGCCAACUACUGACAUCUACAUCAGUGGAAGGUCUUCUGACAUGUUGGGGAGGUGAAUUAUAAAAAGAUUUUAUUUGUUUAUUUAUUGUUUGUUUGUUUGCUUGAGGUGACUGUUUGCCUGCACAUGCAUAUUUGUAUCAAAUGGGUACCUGGUCCCCACAGCGGCCCGCAGAGGGUGUCAGGUCCCAUGGAACUGGAGUUACAGGCAGUAGUGAACCAUCAUAUGGGUGCUGGGAAUUGAAUCCAGGUCCUGAAGAGCAAUACAUGCUCUUUUUUUUUUUUUAAAGAUUUAUUUAUUUAUUAUAUAUAAGUACACUGUAGCUGUCUUCAGACACACCAGAAGAGGGCAUCAGAUCUCUUUACAGAUGGUUGUGAGCCACCAUGUGGUUGCUGGGAAUUGAACUCAGGACCUCUGGAAGAGCAGUCGGGUGCUCUUAACCACUGAGCCAUCUCUCCAGCCCGCAAUACAUGCUCUUAACCACUGAGCCACCACUCCUGCUCUGGGAAGGUGAAUUUUUAUGCCAUUUGGGGGUGACAGAAUGAGACUGAUCAUGCAUGCUGUGACCCAACAAGGAUACAGAGAAAUCUAAAGUGUAUUUGCUGCAGGAGGAAAAAAAAAUAGGACAAACCAGGAGUAAAAACAUUAUUGAAUGUUGGUAUAUUUAUGCAACAGAAUACUUUACAGUUGAUAAAAUGAAUAAACAUCUAUUAACACAGACAGAUCUCACCCCAAAUUGAAUUGUUCAGAGUAAAUAGCCUGCAGGAGGAGGCACAGCAUCCAUUAAAACUUGUUUGAGGCAGGCGUGGUGGGGGGCAGAUCUUUGUAGGUUUGAGGCCAACCCGGUCUAAUAGUGAGUUCCAUGACAGGGCUUCACAGAGAGACCCUGCUGUUCUAGCCUCCACCCCACAAAAACCCAAAGUAAAGAAAUAAGUAAAAACCACACACAUGCUGUGCUAGAGGGGCGGCUCAGCUGGUACAGCACUGGCUUGCAAAGAGAGGGACUGAUGGUGUUCAUGAGGAUAUCAAGGCUAUCUCCAGCCUCAUGUGUAUAUGAACAUAUGAACAUACAUGUUCAUAUAAACAUACAUACAUGUUAUAUGUUUGAGAUAUGCAACAAAACUCAUCAGUGUGCCUGUCCACAUAGCAAUUUUUUUCUGAGAAAUAGUUUUGACUCAGGAUGUCCAUAUGUAGGUUUGGGUUGCCUUGAAUUCACAGAGAUCUGCUUGCUUCUUGUAUCCAAGGGCUGAGAUUAAAGGCGUGCAUCAGCAUGCUUGGCCAAAUGCAGCAAAACUUAAGAACCUGUGCCAUGGAGGUGGACGUGGUGGUGUACACCUUUAGUCCCAGCACUCAGGUGGCAGAGGCAGGUGGAUCUCAUGAGUUGGGGGCCAGCCUGGUCUACAUAGUGAGUUCUAGAAUAGCCAGGGUGGACAGAAAGAUUCUGUCUCAAAAAGAAAGAAGGGAGGAGGGGGAGGAGGAGGAGGAGGAGGAGGAGGAGGAGGAGGAGGAGGAGGAGGAGGAGGAGAAGGAAAGAAGAAGAAGAAGAAGAAGAAGAAGAAGAAGAAGAAGAAGAAGAAGAAGGAAAGAAGAAGAAGAAGAAGGAAAGAAGAAGAAGGAAAGGAGAAGAAGGAAAGAAGAAGAAGAAAGGAGGAGGAGGAAAGAAGAAGGAAAGAAGAAGAAGGAAAGGAGAAGAAGGAAAGAAGAAGAAGAAGAAAGGAGGAGGAGGAGGAAAGAAGAAGAAAGGAAAAAGAAAGAAGAAAGAGGAGGAGGAAGAAGAGGAAGGUGGUAUCCUAAGGAAUAAUGAGACUAUGGUUAAUAUUUUAUUUUUUCUUUUAUAAAAAGAUUUAGCUUUGUUUUUAAAAAUUAUUUUAGACUUAUUAUUUUGUGUCUAUGUGUGUUUUACAUGCUUGUCAGAGGAGGGCAUACAAUCCCCUGGGACUGGAGCUGCAGAUAGUUGUGACCCACCAUCAAACCAGGAUCCUCUGGAAGAACAGAAAGAACUCUUACCCACUGAGCCAUUUCUCCGGCCCUUAACUUUAAAAGAUUUAUCUCUAUUAUUUGUAAGGAUGUGUAUGUGUGUGACUGUUUCUGAGGCCGGAAAUGUCAGGUUCCUGCAGUUGUGAGCUGUCUGAUAGCAGUGCUUGGAACCAACUUGAAUUCUCUAGAAAAAUUAAUAAGUACUUCUAGCCACUAGGCCAUCUCUCUAGCCCCAUACAUAUGCAUGCGUGCGCGCGUGCGCGUGUGUGUGUGUGUGUGUGUGUGUGUGUGUGCAUAUGUGUGUGUGAGUGUGUGAUGUGUGGUGUGUGUGUAUGUGUGUGUGUGCGUGUGUGAUGUGUGGUGUGUGUGUAUGUGUGUGUAUGUGUGGUGUGUGUGUAUGUGUGUAUGUGUGUGUGUAUGUGUGUGGGCGUGUGCGUGUGUGUGUGUGCGCGCUAUGUGUGCAGGUGCCCUUGGGAUACCUGAGCUGGAUUACAGAUGGUCGUGAGCUGCUCUUAGUGGGUGUUGGGAACUGAAGUUGGGUCCUCCCAGCAGCUGAGCCAUCUCUCCAGCCUCUAUUUUUAUUUAUGUUCUCUAAGAUUUAUUUUAGUAUGUGUAUCUUUCCUGAAAUGUUUGUUAAGGAGCUGGUGGUGGUGGUGCUCACCUUUAGUCCCAACACUCAGGAAGCAGAGGCAGGCAAAUCUCUGUGCGUUUGAGUCCAGCCUGGUCUACAGAGCAAGUUCUAGGAGAGCCAGGGCUACAUGGAGAACCUUGUUUGAAAAACUGGGGGAAAUUUUUUUAAAACAAAAUAUUUAUUUAUGUGAGCACACUGUAGCUUUCUUCAGACGCACCAGAAAAGGGCACCGGAUCCCAUUAUGGAUGGUUGUGAGCCAUUAUGUGGUUGCUGAGAAUUGAGCUCAGGACCUCUGGAAGAGUAAUCAGUGCUCUUAACCACUGAGCCAUUUCUCCAGCUCUCUGCCCCACUCUGCCCCCUGCCAAAAAUUUUUUUUUUUUAAAGAGAGAGCCGUUUUAUUGGAUGUUCAGAGGGUGAUAGCCCUGAAGUGCUGGGAGCAGGUGUGUUCUGGUUUCUUGAAAAAAUGCCUUUCCACAUCUCCAGAAUUCCAUAGUUCCACUAUAGCAAACAUCACUCGGCUCGGCCAUGGUAGAACAGCUGGUAAGUACAGCCUUGGCCUCUGUGUACCGCUCACCUGCUGGGCUGAGGUCCUCUGCGGUUUCUAAUGGAUCAUGGCUUGUAACUUCCUGAAUUAUUUCUGAUAGUCCCACUUCCAUGGGCAGCCAAGGUGGGUUUUCAGAGAUACACUGACUAUAGAAGCUCCCCAAACUUGGCCUUUGCAGCUAGCUCCUCCAUGUUCGCUCUCAUGUUCAGCAGGGUUCGUCUUCCUUGAAUGUUGCCAGCUUGCGUCCACUAGAGGGAGCCAGAGUCCUUCACACUGGUCCUGCCCGUGAAAUGGUUUCAUUGACAGUGGAGUGCACUGAAUGCUACUUUUUGUUUGUGUGUUAUGUUUUUUAAAUAUAUAUGGUGUUCUAUUUGUAUGUAUAUUUGCGUGACAGAAGAGGGCAACCAUUAUGAAUGGUUGUGAGCCUCCGCGUGGUUGCUGGGACUCAAACUCAGAUCCUCUGGAAGAACAACCAGUGGUUUUAAUAACCCUGAGCCAUCUCUUCAGGCCCUGAAUUCUGUUGUAUCUGCCCACACAUGUCUACUUCCUCAAAUUAUGAGAUGUAAUCGAUGGUAUAAAAUUUAAAAAUAAACAUUUAUACACACAUAUACUAAGAAAAGAGUCCCAUGAGACUUUGAGCAUUGGAAAUACGACUCACCUGAACUAAGAUGUUCCAUGAGCAACAUAACCACAGGUCCUCAAGUAUUAAGUGUGAAAGAAUGUGAACAAUUAUGUUCACUUUAAUUAAAAAAUACUGAUUGUAUUCUGAAAGGAUACUUUGGACAUACUGACUUAAGAUUAGUUUCACUUUGUUUCUUUUUAAUUCCUCUUUAACAUUUAUUUAAUUAUGGGUGUGGGCAUGGCACAGUCUGAAGGGAGGUCAGAGGACAACUCAGGGGUCUGUUUUCUUCCCCCAUCAUGUGGGCUUCCACAACAGAACUUGUUGGAUGUGACAUCAGGUGGCUUUACCGAAUGAACCAUCUCCUGCUUCUUCAAAGUCUUCUCUCAGAAACUUUCCCCCUAUUAGGACCCGUGAUAUCCCAUUUAUAGGUACACUGUAUUUCUUAAGACCUUCCUGGGGGCUGGAGAGAUGGCUCAGUGGUUAAGAGCACUGACUGCUCUUCCAGAGGUCCUGAGUUCAAUUCUCAGCAACCACAUGGUGGCUCACAACCAUCUGUAAUGGGAUCCGAUGCUCUCUUCUGGUGUGUCUGAAGAAAGUGACAGUGUACUCAUAUGACUAAAAUAAAUAAAAAUAUUAAAAAAAAA